AUGUCGGACCUUGAGUUUGUAAACAUGUGCGUAAUGAAGAUGCUCGCUGCUCUCAUCUGCCUCCCGCUGACGGUGCUUGGAAUUGCAGUGUCCAGCAAGGAGUUGCAGUGUUCCGUGUCUCCAGUAGCGGUGCUGCACCCCGUUCAGGCUCAGCUGGAGCGCUUUGAGGCAGGAACAGGCUGUGCAUCCAGAGAAGGCGGAGCUAAAGAGACACAUGUGAUUUCAAUGGGUGGAGCGUCCAUUAGACAGGUGACGAUUGUGUUGAGACCUCUGAAUCCCUCUCGACCCAUCAAGCGGCCCGUCAUUCUGGUGCUCAGCUCUCAGCAGGCCGUGCGUUGGGUGUUGGAAAAUGAGGGACUGUCUAGCAACAUCAAUGUGCUGGUGCAGUUGUCUGUGAACUCCACGGCAGAGUCCUCGAGUCUGUCUGUCCGCGUGACGCAGGUCCCGUCUCUCCCGCGGCGGCCUCGAGUGCUGCUGCGCUGGGUUCUGCAGCGCCAUGCCACCGUCACCUCCCUCACACACACUACACAUGCCAACCGGGUUUACCUGCGGCUGGGAGAGGAUCCCAGCAUGCCGAGUGAAUGUCGUCUGCGCUCUCUGUUUGUGUCGCAGAACUAUCAGGCCUCAGAGCUGCAGGAGCAGGAGGUUCACGGCUGCACACCGACAGACGAGUCCACAGAGAUGGAGGUGCACAUCAUCCGACUCUGGUCAUCCGGCUCUGGCCUGUGCGGCUCUCUGCAGGUGGAGGUGUCUGUCUCUCUGCUGCCCCCAGUGGCUUCUUCUGCUCUACACAGGGUUGUUCUGAUCCUCAGCAGUGCAACGGCAGUCAACUGGGCUUUAGUGGCACCACAGGUCAAAGGUCACGUCAGGGUCUAUUCGUCCCACAGUGUUAGUCUGCCGUACAGAAGUCAAGCGUCUGACCUCAUCAUGACCAGCACCGUGACCUCUGACCUCCUCAACACCCCUGACCUUCUAGAAUGGGCUAAUCAGAACGGCUUUCCCAAAGUGACUUCGUACACCGAAGCUGAUCUGGCCAAUCGCUUCGUCGUCAAGUUAGGAGAAGGAACAGACUCUGAUGAUGCGUCUUCAGUCUGGCAUCAUCAAGAUGACAUUAUGAUUGACAGCCCUGAUGCGCUCAGCUAUCAGUGUGAAGGCGGAGCUCUGACUGUUACCGUUGAUACGCAGAUGCUGAAGACGCAGGUUUGGCCGGUGACAGCGGUGACCCUGCGAGAUCCAGAGUGUAAAGCUGAAUUUAACGGAAGUCACUUCCUGUUGGUUUCCCCCGUCAUUUCUUGUGGGACGGAGGGAGAAAUGGAUGAAGCCAGUGGAAGAGUUCAUUACACAAACACAGUGUUGCUGUGGAAACAGAAACCGUCCGAGGGUUUGACCAAUCAGACGAGACCAGAGCUUUGGGACGAGUCCAGACCUCUGGCCAUCCAUCUCAGCUGUGUGUGGUCUCUGUCCGCUCCUGUGUCUCCAUCAGUGGUGUCUCCAUCUCUCAGUGCGGCUCCAGAUCUGGCUCUCAGUUCUCCUCAAGCUCCUGCUCCUCCUGCUCUGUGGGGCCCCAGGGCCGACACCACCGCUGCGUCUCCACUACUGUCCAUGGAGCUGUUCGUCAGCGAGGCGUUCCAGCAGAGAACCGUUGGGCCCUGCGUCAUCAGUGCCCACGAGCGAGUCUAUGUGCAGAUCUCAGUGGACUCUUCUUCUGCGCUGGAGGCCGUGGAGCUCCAGUCGUGUUUGGUUUCUCCUCUCUCAGAUCCGCAGGCUCACAGCGGCUGGCCUGUCAUUAAAGACUCCUGCCCGUCCGAAAGCUCCUUCAGCCUGACCCUCAGAGAAAACACAGAUGAUGGAAGAGCGGAUGAUGAAGAUGAAGAGCUGAACAGAAGAAAAUCUCAUCCGUUCUCCCGCUGGAGACACACCGAGAGCCGCAGCGCAGACGAUACCGCCAGAGGCUUUAAACACAAUGCAGACGAUACCGCCAGACGCUUUAAACACAAGAGACCGAGAGCGAGGAAAGCUGAGCGGAGGAGACGAAACUAUGAUGAAGACCGGAGUUUAAACGCACUGCGCUUCAGCUUCGUCCUGCGGCCCGUCUUUAAUAACUCCAUUCAGUUCCUGCACUGCCGGCUACGUGUGUGUGAUGCCGACGAGGGGCCGGCAGGGGCCGCAAAACACACCUGUGCUGACGGACGUCCAAUACCUGCUCUCACACACAUUCGGGCUUCACAAAAGUGUAAGGACAGAAAUCUGUCGCGACCUGUAUUGGUCACAUAUCCAGCUGGCUUUCUGGCACCCCCUGCUGGUAAACUUGCUCAAACGCCUGCUGAGAUGUCGGAGCAGGCUCCGUCGCCCACCGGUGCAGUGGAAGGCUCUGUGCUGCUAGUGGUGUUCGCUGCGUUUCUGAUGGGUUUGAGUCUGAUGGGGGCGCUGUGGUGCAUCUACACACACACCGGGAGGCAUGAUUUGACCCAGAGAAUCAGUGUUAUAGAGACCACCGUACCAAACCCCGGCUUCAUAAACCCACCGAUACUAAUGGAGGAAACCAGCAGUUUCCAUGACGUUAACGAUACACGCAACUUUUAG